AUGGUUUACAAUAUUAGCAUUCGUUGCAAAACAAUUCAAUCAAAAAGUAGCGAAUACUGGAGUGACUUCGCGACGAUUAUACUCCAGACAAAGCCCGACGUGCCAUAUUUGGCGCCGGAAUUGAUUCGAGAGUCCUUUCAAACCGACAAAAACGCGGAAGGAAUGAGAAGUAUUACUCUAUUCUGGAAACACAUUCCCGUAGAGAAUUGGAAUGGAGACGACUUCCACUAUACCAUUGAGUUCAAGGAACAAAUGUAUCGCAAAUCGAGAGCUAGUAAUCUAUUGGACAAAGGAUUCAAUGACAUGAUAACGAGUCAUAACACGAGUUUCACUUUCAAUCAUAUGAAGUCCAACAUCGCCUAUACUUUUAAGAUAACAGCCGUUAACUCGCAGGGAGUUUCCCGAAAUCAUUCAUACAUUAGUGUUGACCGAAACGAUAUCAUUGCUCACAAACCGUUAAAUAUUGACGUCUAUUCUUUCGGCGGCGGACGAUAUGAAGUCCAGUGGACAGAGCCUCGCAAUAACACAAUGAGCGGUCCGAUUGUCAACUACACUGUGUUCUGGUGUCGCACUCUAAGGCCGCGACCUAAAGGGACGCUGCCUCGACUCGACAAACUGAGUGACGUUCACCUGAAAGUAGUGAACUCGACGAGUAUAGCGGUGUCGUGGAAGUUGGGCUGUCCCGCACAGAAGCGCGUUGUGGAGGGCUAUAAGAUUAAGUUCUGUAAACUCGAAAUUCUGGACAUUUGCACGAAGAGUGGCAGUCGAGACAUUGUUGUCGACAAUUCGGUCGAGAACUACAUUCUCACCGAUUUAUUGCCGUUCACUAAAUACAAGAUAACUGUCGUCUCGUUCUCCGACUCCGGACCGAGCGAUGAAAGCGAUCCCAAAUACGAGACGACAGAACACGACUCGCCAGAGGACGCGCCGUCGAGUCUGGCGGUGAGUGAUGUGACCAACAAUUCGUUGUCUCUUUCGUGGAAACCACCGAAACUGCCGAACGGAAAGAUAUUCUAUUACGAGGUUAUGUUGAAUAACAAUAGUUAUAAACUGAAUGCCGAUAUUUGCACUCUCGAUGGUUGUGUCAAAACGGUUAGCGGUCUCUCCAGUUACACGAGGCAUGACAUACGUGUGCGCGCCUGUAAUGGCGAGGCGUUGUGUUCACCCAUGACUCCAAACAUUGCCAUUCGGACGAUGCCGUGGAAGCCACAGAAGAUGGAUCCGCCCAGAAGUGAAGUCCAUAACUCGACUUCGGUUCGCAUUUCGUGGUCACCGCCGAAUGCGGCCAACGGUCCCAUUGAUAUC